AUCCUUUUUCUUUUGCUUCCUCUGAGACCUCUCAGAUGAUCAUGGACCGAAUCAUGUCACAGUCGCAGGAGGUGUCUCCAAGAACCUCAGGGAGGCUAUCUCACAGCAGUGGCCCUCACAGAUAGCCCUCCAGUUUCCCCAACUGAAAUUGAUGAUUUCAAGUGUAGCCGCUCCAACAACAACAUCACCAGCCUGAGUAGUCAAUACAGGGCUUCCGCCACCGGUGGCGCCGCCGUGGCAGCAGAUGGUGGUGGUGGCAAGACGGUAGGAAGGAGAAGAAGAAGGAGGAAACAAGGGCCCACAACGCUCAGCUGCAUGCAGCGGUUUCGGUUGCUGGUGUUGCCGCCGCUGUUGCAUCCAUUUCCGCCGCCACAGCUGCCUCAUCUGGGUCCGGCAAGGACGAGCAGAUGGCCAAGACAGACAUGGCAGUGGCGUCCGUCGUCCUGCUUGUCACCUGGUCUCGGUCUCCGUCUCCGUAGUGGUUCUGCCUCUCUGCUCCGACUGCUCAGAACAAAGCUCUCAUCAAAUUCAUCCAAAUUAACACGGAUUGAUGGAGGUACACCUGCUGCAUCAAGGGAACAAUUGGUUACAGAUUUCCAGGAAAAGGAUUCUAUCAAGGCAGCUGUGUUAUCCAUUAAAAGCUGGAGGAGUUGGAUUAACUUUAACUGCUGCAAGCAAAGUUAUCUUUGCAUAACUAUCCUGGACUCCAGGUGACCUAAUUCUGGCCGAAGAUCGUGCUUCUCACUCUCAUGAAGUAGAAAGGAGAGAGCUGUUACUAGUUGCAUGGCAACAUUAAGAAAACAGAUAAUAUCAAAUGAAAAGAACUCACGUCUUACUUUUUUUAGCAAAGGCAACAUGCACUGUUAUGGUUCUUUGACUAGUUAUUUCUUGUUUACAGGUGUCUUCAGUAAAUAUAUACUACUUGCUGGCAAAUGAUACGGUUGAUGACAUCAUAUGGGAUGUGGUGCAAUUCAAACUGGUUAAUUUGGGGCAGGUCGAGUUGGAUAAAGGGUUUGAAUGUGGAGCUUGAAUCCAAGAACAAGAAGCUCAGUGAGGAUCUUGCUGCUGCUGAAGCUAAGAUGGUAGUAGCUGUUGGUGCCAGUGGCAAGGAGGCAAUUGGGGAAAGCCAGAGCCCCAAAUUCAAAGACAUACAGAAACUCAUUGCUGACAAAUUGGAAAGUUCUAAAGUGAAAAAAGAAGCUACUCCUGAAGCGCUUUUUCAUAAAGCUUCUUCAAUACCGUCUCCUACGACAAUUAUUGAUCUGGUGGAUGAGCGUGCUGUCUUGAAACAUUUCAAGUGGCCUGAGAAGAAAGCCAAUGCGAUGCGAGAGGCUGCGGUUGAGUAUCAGGAGCUUAAGCUAUUAGAACAGGAGAUUUCCUCCUACACGGAUGACCCCGACAUUCCUUGUGGGGCUGCCUUGAAAAAAAAAAUGGCCAGCCUCUUAGACAAGUCUGAACUGAGCAUACAGAGGCUAAUCAAGCUGCAAAAUUCUGUCAUGCGUUCGUACCAAGCGUACACAUUCCAACCACUUGGAUGCUCGAUUCGGGGAUAAUGAGCAAGGUCAUUAAAUUUGAACACGUGGAUCCACGUGUCGCAACUUGUCAUCCAUAGUUAGUUCACGAUGCAUAGGCUCCGUAACCAGCACAUGCCAGCACGCGCAAUACAAAAAUCCAUGCCAGGUCACCAAAAGCGAAUAAUGAAUCGCCACGACAUUACAAAUAGAGAAAUCAAUUUCUUCAUAGCAGGAUCAAACAAAGGGAACGAACCCAGUCAAAAGUUCAAAACCACAG